AUGGCCUAUCCUCCACCUCCUCGUAGGUUAAACGAUAAGAAGAGAUAUUAUUACUCUAAUAAUCCAAAUAGAAGGCACACAGGUCCUUAUCCUCAUAGACCUUAUAAUCCUAAUUACGCAAAUAAUUAUCCAAUACCACAAUCUGCUAAUGAAAUUCCAUUGAAUGGUAAUGGAAAAAAGAGUCAUAUUAUAUCGAAUUCUAGCGUGAUUAAUACAAGUCCACUAUCACAACCAUUAUUAGAAUCACAUAAUACAAACAUCAAUAAACAUAAUGAUGUUAGUAGACCAUCGAGAUAUAAUCAACCGACAAGUCGUAAGGCUUCGGUAUCUAGUACAGUGGCAUCGAUUUCCUCAGUUCCCUCUGCACCAGCACCAGUACCGGUAGCAGCAACUGUAGCCACAACUACAACUACAACUUCAGCACCAAAUAACUAUAGUACUAUUCCGUCAAUUCCAACGACACCUUCUGGUAAUAAACAUCCAAAUACUAGUAGAUAUAAUUCGGAUUCACAUGAAAGUAUACACCAAUCUAUACCAACGCAGUUAUCCAAUCAGAUCCACAAAUCUAUUCCUACAGGCAACUCUAGUGAAAAUGUAACACAUAAUAAAUCUCGUUAUUCAGCAAAUAAUGCUACAAGUAGAUAUAACCCACAUACUCCAAAUUUAACAACGAAUGUGGUUCCAUUACAAAAGAGUCAAUCAUUGCAAUAUAUAACCUCACAAAGAAAUAGGCCGAGAUCAAUGGACUCUGCUCCAUUCGAAAAAAGUUACGGUAGUACUAUAAGCCAUACAACAGUACCAGAGAAACCAUCUUUCACGACCACAAAUAAUAAUUCAACGUCAUCAUUUUUUCAACGAGGUAAUAAAUGGAGAUCACACUUACCACAUACAACAUCGGGUACGACUGUUGAUACUUAUCCAAGUAGUCAAUUCCAAAGUCGAAGAACCAAUUUUUGGAGAGGAACUAAAAAUAAUCCCUCUAAUUACAUGAUUGGUAGUGAUCCGAUUCCAAGUCCUAAUAGAUUCAAUACUAAAUCAUCUCAGGUCGAUGAACACAUUCUUGAUACAGAGUUGAAGCAAAAAAAUGAAAAAGAAAUUGAUACUGAUAUUGAAAAACAUAAAAAGGGUUCGAAUUUAUCACCAAGAUCCAGUUUAAUCCGUUCCGUACCACAAACAACAAGAGAAACUACAACACAUGUCCCUACUGGAAAUAAAAAUUUUGAUUUAAAGAGAAGUAGGACAAAUACACCAUUGAGCUCGGUUGAUGACAACGAAACAGAAGAUAAUGCAAGUGAAAUAGAUAUUUCAUUGCCUUCUACUAGCUUCAAUUAUCGUGUAAAGGAACAAGAUAUAAAAAAUAAUGACUUGUGGACUGUUGAAAUAAAGAGAGAAAUUUCUUCAGAGAUUAAGUCAUUAGAAAAUGAUGAAAAAGGAAUGACCUCUGAAAUAAAACUUCCUGAAGUGGAAAAUAUUGUACUUGAAGAAUUGGAACCAACUACAAAUGAAAUUGAGAAGAGUGAUAAAGUAGAAUUACAGUCAAUUUAUGAAUAUGUGAGUGACCCUUCCAUCUUGAAAACUGAUAUAAGUAAAUUAAAAGUUGUUGAUACAUCAGGUCCGUUUAAUGUUAAAUUUCCUGAACAAGAAGCAUGUAUAUUCCCACUGAAUAGGGUAGAAACUAAACUAUGGGAAUUAAAACAUAGAGAAAGAACUUAUAGAAUCUCAAAACAGAAAUAUCUUUUAAAAAGACCUAUUAGGACAUUCAAAGAGUACCCAUUCUAUAGAUCGAAUAUAGAGCACCACAAAAACGUUAUUGGACCUCAAUUGCAAAUAAUGGGGAAAUCUAUGGAUAAAUUCAAUCAUAGGCACUUAUUAUCUCUUAAGAAUAACUAUAUCAUGCUUAAGAAUUCAUGGGAAAAAGAUUGUAAGAAUAUGGAUGAAUCUAAUAAAAAAGUUAGGAAAAAUGAGUUAGAAUUCAAGAAGAAACAAGAGGAAGAAAAAAUUGAAAGAGAUAAAGAGGAGAAACGAUUAGAUGACCAAAAUGCUAAUUCAUCUCGUAGAAGGAAUAGAGCAGAUUUUGUAGAUGAUACAGAGAUGGAAAGCGUUAUGUUACAAAUUGAUCCUGAUUAUAAACAUGUUCAGGCUGCAGCAACAAUUCCUGAACUAGAAUUGAACUCUGUUGAUCGUUUUUCCCUUAAAUUCAAAGAUGUUAAUAACUUAACCAUGGAUAAAGAUAAAUGGGCUUCUAGAUUAAUAACGGAUAGUAUCGACAAUUUCUCUGAACAUGAACAUGAAUUAUUCCUUGAAGGUUAUUUGAGUCACCCAAAGAAAUUUGGUAAAAUCUCUCAUCAUAUGGGUGGUUUGCGGAGUCCGGAAGAAUGUGUCUUGCACUAUUAUAACACGAAAAGAAAAGUCGAUUACAAACAAUUAUUGUUACAAAAGAAUAAGAGAAGGAAGAGUAGCGCAGCAACAAAGAGACGUAAGAAAAAGGAAAAGAUACUUGAAUCGGCUGGAUCAGCUGCUGAAAUUGAUGUUCUACAUGAUAAUGAUGAAAAGGUGGACAUUCAUGAGCCCGACUUUAUUCAUCCAGGGGAAAAUUCGGGAGAUGAAAAGGAGAAAAAUACAACCAUGGAGAAUAUUAAACCAGAAGUCCCUAUCGCAAAGCCUGUCGAAAAGCCUGUCGCAGAACCUGUUGAAAAAUCUGUGGAAGAACUUGUCGAAAAGUCUGUCGAAAAGCCUGUCGAAAAGCCUGUCGAAGAACCUCUUGUACAGGAAACUGAAACUCUGCCUAAACCGGUGAUUAACUCGCCACCAGCGCAAAUCGCAAUCAUUAAUAGUAGCUUUGUACCGAAAGAAAUUGCACCUGCAACUGAACGUCAUGAUGAAUCUACCAUUAUUCCAAAUGGUAAUGUCGCCACAGACUCCGUUAAACAAGAACUAAUUAUCCCUAAAAAGAGAGUCCAUGAUAUUGCUAUUAGUAGAGAAGAUACAGAAUUAUCACAUGAAACCAUACAUUCAACUGAGGAUAUCAAUAAUAGGGUAAUCGAUGCGGAGAAUGCUGAUGAGAGCUAUGACUCAGAUGGUAUGAGAAAGAAACAUAGAAUUAUGAGUGAUCAUAAAUCAAGCUAUUGGAGUGUUAAAGAAUCACAAGCAUUCCCAGAGUUACUAGAAAAAUUUGGUUCUCAAUGGUCUUUAAUUUCAGAAAAAUUAGCAACUAAAUCUACAACGAUGGUUCGUAAUUACUAUCAACGUAAUGCUGCCCAAUAUGGUUGGAAAGCUAUUGUUGAGGAUACUGAUUUAAGAAGGAAUGCCCGUAGUUCUGAUUCUGUACAACAAACCCAAAUUUUAAUUCAAUCUGAACAGUCCCCAGUUAUUGGUGUAUCUAAUGGUGUUCCUUUACAACAGAAACCUGCUUUGGGUUUCUUCUCAAAUCAAGCUGAUCGUAAGAUUGUUAGCACAGAAGGUACAAACACUCAGGCAUUUGUUAUUGGUGAGAGUAAUAGAGAUUCAUUUUCAAGUUCAAGUACGCCUACUGCAACAUUACCUCCACCUAGAUUACCAUCUAUUCAAUUGAGUCCUAACCAUGUUACUGCUACUAAUCCCAUUGGUGCUCUUCCUACACGAGCACUGGUUUCUCCAACGGAUCCAUUAGCACACACAAAUGCAGUUACAAUUCAUCCUAACGAAAACAAUAAUGUUACUAAUAUUAUGCAAAAGGAAUCUGGUACACGUACAAGUAUUGCCGAUCUGAUGAAUGCUGAUAAUCAUAGACCACAUAUAAGUAGUAGGACCCCUACACCUCCACUUACAAAUAUGGCAGCUCCAAUAAUGGCAUCUACGGCUAUUCCUCCUCAACCUGUUAAUCAUACACACCGUCGUACAGAUUUAGGUAUUCGAAAUUUCUUAAAUAAUCCAACACCUGAAGACUCGGCUCCUGUGAUUCCUACAUCUAAUACAAGAGCAAUCCCACAAGUUACAGAUAUUAAGCUGGUUACAACAAACAAUGCAGCAUCAACAUCAUCGGCACCAGGAUUAGUUAAUGGUACUUCACGUAUUGUAGUUCAAGAUAUGCAUCAUCAAUAUGUCAAGCCAGAGAGUUCCCAACCAAGAUUAAGUUCGAUCUCUUCGUUAUUAAACCCGGUUUCAAACAUGCAAACAAGAAAUAAUUUACCACCAAUGGUAUUUAAAGAUACACGAGGAGUUACUGCUCAGGGAAACCUGGUUUCAACUCAGCCUAAGAUAACUGUUCCAGAUUUCAAUUUUGCUAAUGAUCCUCUUGCAGCAUUAGCAGCAGUCGCUUCUGCACCGGAGACUCUUGCAUCAAUUGUCCCCCAUCAGAAUCCAAAUACUUCGCAAACUAAAUAA